GCAUGUUCGUUCCCGGCCUGCCAUUCCGAGUUCGCGCCGUGUUCAGUUCCAAAUUAAAUUGAAAGCAUUGUGAUUUUAAAGCGUUAUUGCAGAACUUUUGUGUCAAUACAGUUCCAGAACUUGGAACUCCUAUUUACAGUUUUUAUUUCGCCGUUACCAUUGAAUCUUUAUCCACCAUGUUUUGGGGACUGAUUAUGGAACCGAACAAACGGUACACCCAAGUGGUGGAAAAGCCGUUCCACAUAUCCCAGGCGGCGAUGGACAUCUCCACAGGUGAUAAUGACCCGUGCCAGGUUAUGGUAGUGGUGGACGGGAAGAACUUCCUGGUCUGCACGCUCCAGAAGAACAAGAAUAUCCAAGUACCUUUGGACCUGUACUUCAAAUCAGGAGAUGCCAUUUCAUUUUUGACAAAUGGAAAGUGUAAUGUCCACUUAACCGGCUACCUGGACCCUGAGUUUGAGGACGAGGAGGAGGAGUCUGAAGGUGAUGAGGAGGAAGAGGAUGAGGCACCCACUCUGGUGUCUGCGGCUAAGAGGAAACUGGAGAACAGCAAUGAGAAAAAUGCCAAAAAACAAAAGAAGGACGAGAAAGCUGCCCAAGCCGACGACAGCUCAGACUCUGAUGAUGAUGGCGAGGAUCAGCUCCAGAAGAUCCUUGACGGUGAAGACCUGGACACAGAUGACAAUGAUGAGUCCUUCAAGCUAAACACCACUGCUGAGGAUAGUGAUAGCGAUGAAGAAGAGGAUGAUGAUGAUGAGGAGGAAGCUGAAGACGAGGAAGGCGAGGAAGAGGAAGACUCCUCGGAUGAGGCAGAGACCACCCUCGACACCAGCAAGGAGGAGGCCAAGGUCGACACGUCCAAGCUGAGCAAGUCGGCCCGCAGGCGCCUCAAGAAGAAGCUGCAGAAGGAGGGCAAGGAGCCGCAGGUCAAUGGACUUGAUAAGCCUAAGAAGGAUGGUAAAGGCGAUCAACAGCAGAAAGAAAAAAAGAAGCCAGAGGCCAAGAAGGAAGCCCAACAAAACGGACAAGUCGAAAAGAAAGAAAAGAAGACCAUCAGCGGGGGAGUGGCCAUCGAAGACUUGAAAGUCGGAAACGGACCAGUUGCCAAGCCAGGAAAAAAUGUUAUGGUUUACUACGAAGGCCGCCUAAGGUCCAACAACAAGAUGUUCGACAACUGCCUGAAGGGGCCCGGCUUCAAGUUCCGCCUGGGCGCCAAAGAGGUGAUCACGGGCUGGGACGUCGGCAUCAGUGGCAUGAAGGUUGGCGGCAAGAGGCGCAUUGUCUGCCCACCCAACAUGGCGUACGGUGCUAAAGGCUCCCCUCCAGUGAUUCCGCCAAAUUCCACCCUAGUCUUCGAAGUGGAACUGAAGAAUGUUAAAUAAGUGUAAGAAGCUGUGUUGCCAGUGUCACAGACACUUGUUUCGGAUCCGCCGAGGUUGUUGAAUGUUGCCAUGAAUGAGAGGAUUGUUUGAUCAUGGUUUGGUAAUGCAAGGUUUUUUAUUAUUAUAUUUUUCCUUCUAUUGACUAGUUUAGGAUGAAACUACCUUGCUUUAUCAGACCAUUGUUUGCUUAUGUUUAAGGUACUUGUGUGAAGUGUCUGCAAUGUUAUUGCACAAUUUGUAAUAAAUCCCUAAUCCCAUUGCAGAAACUUCAUACUCGCGUUAGACUGUAAGCUUGUUUAAGUUAGAUUAUAAGAACCCUGCUGGACAUAAUUAUGAGUAUUUUCAUUGACUUGUAAUUCAAUAAUAUAUGUUAUUUUAAACACUGAAUUGUAAUAAAAUAGUUUCUAUCAUCAUCAUCAGUAGAAGAUCUACAUUCAUUUGGCAGUUUUAGUAAUUAAAAGCCUUUUGUAAUUUAAUAGAAUUAUAAAUAUUACCUGUAUUUUAUGUUGCCAUUUGUUUUAAUCUGUCAUUUUUUUCUUUAACUUCAAACUUUCACACAAGCAAUUUUUUGUCACUAUGAAAUCAUGGCAAUAGAAUGGCAAAAAUAAAAUUUCCGAAUUCCA